AUGCUUCCAUUCUACCUCUUGACUUUUGCUGCCACCAUCCAGGCACACAGCCAGCUGUUGCCAGGCUCCUGCAACUUUGAGUCCAACACCUGCGGAUACACGUCCGAUGAAGACUUUACAAGCUGGGCUCUGCACAAAGAUGGUCGUUUUGUUGCCGUGGACGCAGUGGACCAGGAUGGUGAGAUGGGUGCAGACGCUGGGCCACAGAAAGAGGUCACAGGGGUCCUGCUGAGUCCGACUCUGGAGCAGGACGAGUGGAGCUGCCUGAGGCUCGUCUACCAGAUCGGUGGGUCGGGAAACCUGGAAGUCCUGCAGCGCAUGGAGGGAAAGAGCUUUGACAAGCCGCUGUGGAGCAGCCAGGAGUCCUCUGACAGCUGGAUCAUCUCAAGCAUGGACCUGCAAAACAAUACCGAGCCCUACAGGGUCGUAAUCGAAGGUAAGCCUGGACGGGGCGCUGGGAGCAGCGUGGCCAUCUUUGAGAUCCACAUCAGCUCUGGACAUUGCCUGGAGUGUGAUUUUGAGGAGUCUCACCUGUGUGGAUACAGUAAUCAGUGGAAUGCCAAUGUAAACUGGUAUGUAGGAGGAGGAGGGGGCCAGCUCCUUCAAAACAACAUACCAAAUGACCACACGUAUAACAACAAGACUGGUCACUUGAUGUACGUGGACUCCAUCUACGCCAAAACGUUCAAAGAAGUGGCCAAACUGGUGUCUCCCAUGACGACGGUGCCGUUGUCCGGCUGCCUGAGCUUUCAGUACCAGCGAAGCGACAGGAGGGGGAACCUGUUCUCUGUUUACACCAGAGACCAGCUGGGUCAGUACCAGGACCUGUGGAGAGCAGACACAGAAAUCCUGAGCAAUUGGAGCGGGACGCUCGAAGAGUGGAUACCUGUGCAGGUGGACCUGAAGGCACCAUACUCUGUACAGGUGGUCUUUGAAGUAUCCUUUAACAGCCCGAGAGGCGGACGCGUUGCAGUCGAUGACAUUUUUUUUUCUCCAGAGUUUUGCAGCAAAGACACUGAGCCGACCUUCGACCCCUCUAUCGCCAGCUGCAACUUUGAGUCAGGUUUCUGCAACUACGUGCAGGACCAGGGGGUGUUGUCGUCGUGGAGGAGAGUGUCUGUGAAGCCCAACAUCUUUAGGAACGGAGACCACACUUCAGGGGCAGGAUAUUUCCUGUUGGCUCAUUCCCGGCUGAGCCCACACUCUGGUUACGUUAGCCGGCUGAUCGGUCCAACUCUGCCAGGGAACAUGAAGUUCUGCCUGAGAUUCUACUACUCGCUGAGGGGUUUCAACCAGACGGACCAGGCUCUUGCUGUGUAUCUGCAGCAGCAGAGCGGCAGCCAGGAGAAGAUCUGGACUCAGGGGGAGAAGUCCAGAGGACUCUGGAUCACGACAGACGCCACCUUCCAGACAUCACAGCCUGCCAAGGUGGUUUUUGUCAGCACCUGCAGGAGCUUCUGGGACUGCGGCUCCGUGGCUUUGGACGACAUCAGCGUGAGCCUCGGAGACUGUGAGCUGACAGCAGGCUUGCUGUCGUGGUCUCUGCCAGGACACUGUGACUUUGAAGCCGGCCUGUGCGGCUACACUCAGGACAAGCAGAGCGAUGACGCCGACUGGGAGUGGAGGAAAGGAUCCACCCCGACCUCGUACACCGGCCCGAGAGGAGACCACACCACGGGACUCGGGUACUACCUGCACAUGGAGGCGUCGCCCAUGCUGCCCGGUCAGCGUGUCCGGCUGCUGUCCCGCCCUCUGAGGGGCUCCAAGGGGCCCCAGUGCCUGCGCUUCUACUACCACAUGUAUGGCUCAGGGACGGGUCAGCUCAGCAUUCACCUCCACAAGGCCAGAGAGGACACGCUGCUGUGGCAGCUGAGCGGCGAGCAGAGCAUCGCCUGGCUGAGGGCCACAGUGGAGUACCAGAGCGACAGCCAGCAUCAGAUCGUGUUUGGAGCGACCAGGGGUUCAUCAGUUAGGAGUGACAUCGCCAUUGAUGACAUCAUCUUGGAAGGCGGACCUUGCCCCGAAAUGGAGAUCAAGGCCACUGCGGGAACCUCCAAUGAGAUCGAGUAGAAGGCAGGAGGAAGUCAGCUGCGUAGGAUGCAUGAACCCCGUUGUCGUUUCUUUUGCACAUUAGACUCCUGACACCUGCAUGUUAAAACGUAGGGAUGUGGGCAACAGGAAUCUUUUCACGUUCUGUUUUCACACCAUAGCA